AUGGUCCUUCCAAAGAUGAAGUGGCCACUUGCCAUUUAUGAUAUCCCGAUCAGCACUGUUUCUCGCUGGGAGCAAACAACUAACAGUCAUCUCAGAAAAUGGCUAGGAGUGGGACACACGCUUAGUAGCUCUUGCCUGUUUAGUCAUUCAUCCAGUGUUGCUCUCCCCAUCGACAGCCUAACCGACACUUGGAAAGUAGAAAAGUGCCGUCUCUUGCAGUCAUAUCAAACAUCUCAGGAUGCUUUGAUCAGAGCGGUGCAACCCCAGGUGCGGUCUGGGAGAGUUUGGAAGGCAGAUGCUCAGCUUCACGAAGCUGAAAGAGACUUGGUGUGUGAGUCAGUGCGAGGUAUGGUGCAACCUCUUAGUAGAGCGGGAAUUGGUUUCGGUGAUUGGAAGAAGCCCUGGGAGAAGAUGUCAGAAAAGGAGCAGCAGAGGGAGGUGUUGGAUAGGGUUAAGGAGAACAUCAGGAAGGAAAGAGAGGUGCAGUUGGGUACGUUGGAGAUGCAGUCCAGGUGGGGUAAUUGGAGAGAGCUGGUGACAAGGACUGACAUGAGCUGGCACACGCUCUUCAAGUAUGGGGACUCAUUAAUCGGUUUUCUGCUUAGUGCUGUGUAUGGCACGCUUGUUACACCAGCUUUAGCAUCCAAGUGGAGCGAGGAUGAGGAUGGGAUGUGCAAGCUGUGUGGUGACAAGUUGGGAACUGUGCCGCAUAUCCUGGCUGGUUGUCCUGUGGCACUAAGUCAAGGGAGAUACCGAUGGCGCCACGAUAAGGUGCGUAAACAAAUAGCAGACCAACUUAAAUUCCAUUGUGAGCGGAGAGUCAACAAGAGGAAGAGUUCUUGUGUCACUCGGAAAGCCAUUGAGUUUGUUCCAGCAGGAGGGAGGUUUAAGGAGGUGAAGAGUUCGAAAGUCAGUGAGUUUGGGAUUCUGAGUGGGGCCACUGAUUGGAUAGUAUUAGCAGACCUGGAUAAGAAGCUGAAAUUCCCGUCGGAUAUAGCAACGACCAGAUUAAGACCAGAUUUGGUUCUUUUCUCGAAAGCUUCCAAGAGAGUAAUCUGGUGGGAGCUUACAGUACCGUCGGAAGAGAGAAUAGCUGCAUCCCAUGAGCUGAAGCUUGAUCGGUAUAACAGUCUACAAGCGGAAAUACAAGCUAAUGGGUGGUCAUGUUUCAGCUUUGCUGUUGAGGUUGGUGCUAGAGGUGUGGUCGCAGCAAGUUUGGAGUGUGCAUCAAGGAAGAUUGGUCUGACUGGGAGAGCCCUCAAGAAGUUGGUCAGAGAUUGGGAAGGAUGCAGCCCAUUGUUCAAGAUGGAUUUAUCUGCUGUCUAG